UGUGUGAGUGUGUGUGUGAGUGUGUGUGAGUGUGUGUGAGUGUGUGAGCGGCCAGCAGGAGGUGCUGCUGCUCCUCACACCGACAGCAGAAGAAGAAGGAAAGAGAGAAAAAAACUCAAGUCCUCCAGAAAAACUGGAUGUAUUUCCUGGUUGGAGCCACACCUCAGAGCCAGACACGGACCAGACCAGACCAGACCAGAGUCCAGCAGCUCCACGGCCCCCAGACACAACCAGGACCUAGUCCUGAUCCACAACCAGGACCUGAUACACAACCAGGACCUGAUCCUGAUCCUGAUCCAGGUCCAGAUCCAGGCUGACCCUCUUCUUCUCCUCCUGAUGAAACUCGAAGCCGUCGUCUCUGUUUGGAUUUAAACUUGUGGAUUAUUAUUUUUCAUCAGUGGACGUCAGCAGAGUUUUAAUAUUUUUGUGGAAUUAUCGGACGCAGAAAGUUUCCUCCAGACGUUUUCCUGUCUGGACCUCCCUGAGUGUGUGUGUGUGUGUGUGUGUGUGUGUGUGUGUGUGUGUGUGUGUGUGUGUGUGUGUGUGUGUGUGUGUGUGUCUGAUGCCCGUGGGCGUCCCGGCUGCAGUUCCUCCUCCGGCCUGCAGGGCGGCAGCAGAGCGCGGCGGCCGGUCGCUGGACAGGCGCCGCGGCGUCGCCAUGAGCGACUUCUGGCACAAGAUGGGCUGCUGCCUGGUGGCCAAACCCCCCCCGAAGAAGAGGAGGAGGAUAGACCUCAGUAUGAUCGGAGAACCAACUAACUUCAUCCACCUCACACACAUCGGAUCAGGAGAGAUGGACGGACUGCAGCCGUCAGGGUCGGUCCAGGAACAGAUGAGGUCAAAAGGCCCGAACAUGAACGGCAGAAACAGCCUCUUAUAGCUGAGUGUUAAACGGACCGUCAGCUGACCUCUGACCCCUCCUUCUCUCUGACGCCACCCGGAGGCUCCGCCCCUCCUCCUGCCCUGCUGAAGCCCCGCCCCCUGCUGAAGCCCCGCCUCCUGCAGGGGGCGCCGUCCAAUCAUUUCCUCUGAAAACUCAACGUCCAAUCAGCAGACGGAGAAUCCUGCUGAGAUCUUUAUCUUUAAUAAACAAAGGCAGGACUACAUCUCCCAGCAUGCCUCUGACAUCACAGAGAAACAUCACUGGACUCCAUUUCCCAGAAUCCCUUUCUCUUCAGGACAGAAUGACAGAAUGUCUGUAUUUAAGAGAGAAAAGCCUUCACAGCUGCUUCGCUUUAAAUUGUCACUAACAAAAAAAGAGAGAGAGAAAUAAAAGAAGAAGACUACAUUACCCAGCAUUCAUUGGGACGUUUCCUGUCUCAAACAAUCCCACAAUGCUUCACUUCAACCCCACAAACAGCUGUUUCCUCUGUGGACUACAUUUCCCAGGAUGCUUCACUCUGUGUGACUCACCAGCCCCCCCCCCCCCACCCCCCCCUCAGUGAUGACAUCAUCGGACCUCAUCUCCCACGAUGCAUCACUCUGAAUGAAAAAGACUCUUAUUAUAGAUCGGAAAGUCCCCUUAGUGUGUGUGUGUGUGUGUGUGUGUGUGUGUGUGUGUGUGUGUGUGUGUAUGUAAUGUGUGUGUGUGUGUGUGUGUGUGUAUGUAAUGUGUGUGUGUGUGUGUGUGUAUGUGUGUGUGUGAUGUCACAGCGUCCUCAUAAACCACCAGUUUGAAUACAAACGUAGUUUUUCUUCAGGGACUUGUUGAAAAAUCUCCCAUUUCUUAAAAUAACUUCCUUAUUUCCACUUCAACAAAGAUUUAUUUUGUCUUUCUGAUCGUUUGAUGAGUCAACCUGAGGCCCGGGGCCCCCAGCGGGCCCCCAGACGACACGUUCAGGGUCCCAUAGGAAGACAGACGCGUCUGAACUUUAACCCCUCGAGACACUUUCAGGACUUUUAUUUUGAAACAUUUCCCAGUUUAAAUCAUUUCACGCUGCGUCUGUUGUGUUUCACUGCUUCAUAUUCAGUGUUUGAACAUUUUGAUGAUUAUUUUUUAAUUCUCUGCUGUUUUCAGGGUGAUUUUCUGUUUUUCUAGUUUUAUUCUCUCGUUAUAAGUGAAAAAGAUCAAGAUUUUUAAACAUCGGCUGCCAUUUAGAACAAAAAAAAUCUUUUAUUUCAAUGGUUUUAAUUCUCCUAAAAGUUAAAUUCCAGCACUUUAUUACCAAACCAACAAAAAAAUCUAAUUUUAUUUAUAAAUUUAACUCUUAUUACAUUUAUUACGGUCUGAAUAUUUCAAAGCAGCAUUUUGUCUUUUUGGGUGAAUUUAUUUUGUUAUUUUGCCUUUAAACUGUCUGAUUUUUAUGCGAUAUUAGAUCUAGAAAUCUAUUUAAUUCAACCUAAAAACAUCCAGAAAUGUUCAGUUGUCGAAUGGAAAUAAUUAAAACCCCAAAUUAGCAGAAAUAUUAUUCAAUGUUAUCAGAUUUCUAUCAAAAAACCAUCGAUUUUACUCAGUUUUUUCAUUUAAAAUCAUCAUAUUUUCGCAAAUUUGUGUCUGGAAAUAUGAUGCAGCUGGAAAAACAACGUAUUUAAUUCUGCUAGUAGUUUGAUUCCAGCAGGUUAUUACCAAACCAAACGUUAAAUGAUAUUAUUUAUAAACGUAACUCUCCGUAUGACGCUCUGAAUAUUUCUAAACAGCAUUUUGUCCUUUUGGGUGAAUUUAUUUUGUUAUUUUGCCUUUAAAACUGUGAUAUUAGUUCUAGAAAUAUCAAAUUCAACAUUAAAACAUCCAGAAAUGUUCAGUUGUAGAAAGGAAAUUAUUAAAACCCCAAAUUACCAGAAAUAAUGUUGGUAAAUAUUAAUAUUUUCUGCACCAAA